AAAAUGGACACCUCUCCAAUGCCACUAACUACUCUCUCUUUCUCUCUCUAAAACCCUUGAAGCAAUGAAUGUAUGGUCCCCUUGACGCAAUGAAUGUAUGGUCCUUUCUUGGAUUUUCUGAGGUACCCAUUUGAGUUUUGGUGCUGAUAAUCUUGGUUUUCCAAGUUCUUCAAGGUAGUCACAUUGUUUCUUGUUUCGGGAAUUUGGGAUGUCUCUGAUUAGUUGCUUUGUUCUUUUGUGUUGGAAGGAAGAUGGAGGUGGACCAAGUAGAGUUUAAAGGUGAAAUCGACGGCUGAGAUCGAAAAAAUUUGUGAUAAUUGUUCCUUCUUUGGUAGUUUGGACUUUGGGACAAGUAAGCCUAUUUCUCAUGCUUUGCUGCUUGUGAAAACCACUUGUGCAAAAGUAGAAAGAUCUUUGCUUCAUGUGAUAGAAGUUAUGAGUUAGGUGGCGUGUCAUGGAAUUUUGGUGAUAAAAGGGUUAAGGUAUCUCUUGGGUUCUUUGAUUUUGGAGAGAGCAAAAAGGAGAAGCAAGAUUGUUGUUGUUGUUAUUAUGGAACCAUUAAAUCAGAAGUCUAUAGAGAGAGUGGUUUCACAGAAGGCUUUGCAAAUGGGGAGUUCAUUUCCAUGUCAAAUCUGUGUGGUGGGUUUGCUCUGUGGAAUCUGUCUUACUUCUUUGUUUAUGGCUGCUCUCACUUCAUUUGGUACUUUCGAGUUUGGUGGGUUUUCGUUUUCGAACAUAGCUGGGGGUGCUUCAGCUGGGCGUUCAAGCUCAGAGUUCAUCAACUGCAGUUCUGAACCAAUGAUAACAGAGAGAGUGGUAGUCGAUUCGCUUAGAAGUGAAGAAACCAUCAGUAGUGAGAGAACCUCAUUAUUGUAUUCAGCUUGGAGUGCUUUACUAACUGAAUCAGAUUCUGGAGAAAGUGAUUACUUGCGGAGAAAUGGACUAAACAGAUCCAGUGUGCCAAAUGCCCCUCAUUUGGAAAACUGCAAGCGGAAAGCACAAGUGUAUAAGCGCCUUGAUAAACAUCCCGAGAAUGAGAGCCAUCCAACAGCUGCCACAAAUGAGCUGUCUAGCUAUAUUAGGAAUCAAGCUAUGUCCGAAGCUGCUUAUGCUCCUUGGAUUACAGGGUCUGACGAAGAAAAUUACCCCUCAACACGAAAAGUGCAACGAGACAUAUGGCUGCAUCAGCACCCUUUGAACUGCAGGGAUCCUAGUGUAAAGUUUCUUGUAGCUGACUGGGAAAGAUUACCUGGAUUGGGUAUUGGAGCCCAAAUUGCUGGAAUGUGCGGACUUCUUGCUAUUGCAAUGAAGGAAAAAAGGGUCCUUGUUACCAACUACUAUAAUCGAGCUGACCAUGAUGGUUGCAAAGGUUCAUCCCGCUCCAGUUGGUCCUGUUACUUUUUCCCAGAAACAUCCCUAGAAUGUCGAAAUCGUGCAUUGGAGCUUAUGGAAAGUGAAGAUGCCUGGAAAAGUGGCACCAUCAAGGCAAAAGAUAAUUAUACUUCAAAGGAAAUAUGGGCUGGACGAACACCUAGAAUAUGGGGUGAUCCUUGGAGUUAUUUGCAACCAACAACAGAAAUAAAUGGGACUUUGAUUGCUUAUCAUCGCAAAAUGGAUCGAAGGUGGUGGCGUGCACAGGCGGUACGAUACUUGAUGCGAUUUCAAACCGAGUACACAUGUGAAUUACUGAAUGUUGCUCGCCAUGCGGCAUUUGGAAAGCAAGCUGCCAGUAUGGUAGUCAGAAAUUUCGAGGGGGAAUGGUCUAAGGUUGAUGUUACAGUGAAUGAAAGGUCAGAUAUUGAAGAGUUUGUUUGGUCUAAUCACAAGCCAUGGAUGCCUAGGCCACUACUGAGCAUGCAUGUAAGGAUGGGAGACAAAGCAUGUGAAAUGAAGGUAAUUGAAUUUGAAGGAUACAUGAGUCUUGCUGACCGCAUUAGAAAGCGAUUUCCACAGCUCAACAGUGUUUGGCUAUCCACUGAAAUGCAGGAAGUGAUUGAUAAAUCUAAAGGAUACCCUCAUUGGGACUUCUACUACACAAAUGUGACACGUCAAGUGGGAAACAUGACAAUGGCUACUUAUGAAACAAGUCUUGGUAGAGAAACCAGCACCAACUACCCGCUUGUCAAUUUCUUGAUGGCAACCGAAGCUGACUUUUUCAUUGGAGCGUUGGGUUCAACUUGGUGCUUCCUCAUAGAUGGAAUGAGAAACACUGGAGGGAAAGUUAUGGCGGGAUACUUGAGUGUCAACAAGGACCGUUUCUGGUAGGAUGUUCUGAUUCAUCUAAGCUGGGGAAUUAAUAGCGUUGCAUAAAUAUGUAAAUAGUUAGUUGAUUAGGUCAACAAUUUUGUUGUUAGCGUGCACAUGAAUGAAGGAGAGUAUACAUCUCUGAUCACCAUCACUUAUUUCCUGUGAUGUAACAACACCCACAUCUUCUGUAUAUCUAAAUGCGUAAAUGGAUAAACAAAAGUUUUGACUUGA